UCCCGGCGGCACCGGGAUCGGGGACCCCGCAGCAGGAUCGAGCCGCCCUCGCUGCCCCCCACAAGAUGGGAGACCCCUUUGGCGGCUGGAGCACCCCCUCGAUGCGGAGUGACCGCGACGAGAGCUCCCUCCUCUACCGCUCCAAUAGCUUCGCCCGCCCCACGGGGAAAAGCAUCUACAACCAGCGCAAGGACUAUGGCGAGACAUUGCUCAAGCCCCAGAGAGAUUUCCAGCACCACGUGGAGCACCUACUGACGGUGCGGCUGGACGGGGACCUGCGCAGCGCCGGGGACUGCGUUGCGCGGCUGCGGGCGCUGGAGGCGCAGGGCAGGAUCUGGGGGCAGGAUCUCAUCCUGCAGGUCAAGGACGAGCAGCUGGUGCUGAGGGAUGUGGAGAGCAAGGAGGAGCUGGAUGUCUAUGCACUGAGCAGCGUUCUGGGCUGCUCGGCCACGUCGGACAUCGGCAGCUACAGCUCAGUGUUGACCAUCACCGUGCAGAGCCCCCCCGGCACCAGUGUCCUGCUCUUCCAGUGCGACCAAACGGGGGCAGAGACGCUGAAGAACAACCUGGAGAAGCUGGUGAAGCAGUGGAAGGAGGAGCAGAGGAGCCACUAUGGGCAGAGGAGCAGCCGCCCCCCCUCGUAUGUGCAGAGUCCCUCCAUAGCCUCAGAGCAAUGGGAAGAGCCCCCCGAGCCCGAUGUCCGCGUAUCCCGCCAGCCAGGGCUGGACCACAGCCCGAUGGACACCCAGAACACCCCAUGGACCAACUCCUCAGGACAGGUCAUGUCCGAAGUGGACCGAGAUGUUGAGGUUCUCAACCAUGUGCUGAGCGACCUGGAGCUCUUUGUGGACAGGCUGAAGGCAGCCCUGGGCAUGGCCAGCAUCACAGACCCCAAGAAGAAGAAGAAGAAGAUGAUGAAGAAGAAGAAGAAAGCCCUGCCCUCCAGGGAUGAAUACACGGACUUCUUCCAGAAGGUGAAAUACGCCCUUAACCUCUUGGGAAGGACCCACCAGCACGUGCGGGAGCCGGACCCCCGGGAGCUGCUCCAGCUCAUCUUCACAGCCCUCUCCUUUGUCCUGGCCCAUUGCUCCGACCCCAGCCUGGCCCCCUCGGUGGAGGCGCCGCUGCUGGUGGCUGAAGCGCUGGAGCUGCUGGAGAAGAACCUGGACCAGGACAACUACCACACAUGGAAGAGCCUCGGCAUAGCCUGGACCAGGACAAGGGCAAAGUACCCGGACAGUGAGCUGGUGCCCCGCUACAUCCCCAUCUUCUCGGAUGGGUGGUUGCCCCCCGCUAUGGAGCAGGUACAGCGAGGAGGGGACCAGGACAUCCCAUCGCCCGCAUCAGCGUCCCUGUCUCACAUCCCGCACCCGUCCCUCUCCCUGCACCACGCAGAGUCACUGGGCACCGGCCGCAGGGACAAUCCUGGCCAAGCGGCCCCCUCUGCAGGGCAGGGCUUGGUUCGAGUCCUUUAUGAGUUCCAGAGCAGGAACCCGCAGGAGCUGAGCGUCAGGAUGGGGGACACGCUGCAGGUCCUGGACCAGCAGAGGAGGUGGUGGCUGGUGCAGGACGACCAGGGGGACAAGGGCUUCGUCCCCAGCAACAUCCUGGAGCCCCUUUGGGGGGGGGCACAGCCAGGUGGGUGCCCCCCAUUCCCCUCCCAGCGCCAGGAGGGGGCGCAGGGGUCUCACCCCAUGUGUCCCCCCCCCCCGUGUCCCCCGCUCCAGACCAGCCCCCCCAGCCUGCACCCUGACUCCCCCCCCGCCGAGGUGACGGCCUGGCUGCAGGACAAGGGCUUCUCCAGGAUCACGGUUCGGUGCCUGGGGGCGCUGCGGGGGGAGCAGUUGCUGCAGAUGAGCGCGGCCGAGCUCCGCGCCGUGUGCCCCGAGGAGUGGCGGCGCCUGCUCUUCAAGCUGUCCUCGGCCCGGGCAGCGCUGGGGAUAGGCCCCAGGGACUGACCCCCCGACGGACCCCGAGCACCCCCCAGGAUGGAGCCCCCCGGGCACUGCAGGAAUGGGGGGACUCGAGGGGGGCACCCCAAACCCCCCCACACCCAGAAGUGUGUGUGUCCCCCCCCCCAGGACAAGAUCCACUCUUUGGGGCAUAGGUCCCCCCCAUGGCACAAAGCUGGUGGGACCCCCCAACUGUGCCAUUGGGCUCUCGGGGACACCCCCACCAAGGGAAGUGGGGGGCAAGGGGGGGCACCCCACAAAGUGUAAAGUGACUCCUAUGGGAAAUAAAGAGGUGAUGGCA